CGCAGCAGAGUCGAAGGCGGGUCUUCCUCAGAGCCUAAGUCUGAGGAACAGUCAAAAGACGCAAAAAGGGAUGGUAUUAAUUAUCCCUCUGCUAAUGAGGACCAGGGAGUGGUUCACUCCAGCCCCGUCCGGUAGAAAUCUGAUUCCAACCACUACCCACGCAGAACAAGUCUUUGGCCUUCCACCUCCUCAGCCACUCUGGACUACAGCCCCCAGAAGGCAUCGGAGCUGAACCAUCCGACUUGCGCAGCGGCGUUCGUUGUAAAGUGCUAUGACAACAGGGCGAAGAUGGCUUGGAGUUAGGCAGGAGUGGGGAGGUGUCCCUUCCGCCGUGGUGUCCUUUAUCUUCUACAUCCCGCUGACUGCCUCCCUCACCAUUUCCUCCUCUUUGUGAGAAGCGGGACUUGCCGUUGUUCUGGCCUGCCUGGACUCUUCCAAGAGAUUGAUGCCGUUUUCCCCGCUUGUCUCUGGGCUUGACACAGAAAGGAUGCAGGUUUACUCCUCGUGGGUGUCACUCCAACUCUGUGGAGGUGGUGGUGCUGCCUGGUGAGGCUUUCUCUCUGCCUGGGACGUGGAACAGGUUGGAGCGGGGAAACGACAGGGAAUAGUGAAGCGAGGGGUUGCUUUUCUCUGCACCCUCCAUUGGUCUCGUCGUUCCAGCCCUGGGACCCUGGCGGGCAUUCUUAAAGGGAGAUCUGCAGAGAGUUGCCGGAAAGGUGGAGCAGGACCCACCUGAUUCGGCAUCAGUGAACGAAAAUGUCUUUAUUUAAAGCCCGGGAUUGGUGGUCUACUGUUCUGGGAGAAAAAGAAGAAUUUGAUCAAGGCUGUUUGUGUUUGGCUGAUGUUGACAAUACUGGAAAUGGACAAGAUAAAAUAAUUGUGGGUAGCUUUAUGGGAUACCUAAGAAUCUUUAACCCCCAUCCUGUAAAAACAGGAGAUGGUGCUCAAGCUGAAGAUAUGCUUCUAGAAGUGCAUCUACGAGAUCCAAUACUACAAGUGGAAGUAGGAAAGUUUGUUUCAGGUACUGAAAUGCUUCAUUUGGCUGUGUUGCAUUCUAGAAAACUUUGUGUCUACUCUGUCUCAGGAACCUUGGGUAAUGUGGAACAUGGGAACCAAUAUCAGAUCAAAUUAAUGUAUGAACAUAAUCUUCAGAGAACAGCCUGCAAUAUGACUUAUGGAUCAUUUGGUGGUGUAAAAGGUCGAGAUUUAAUUUGUAUCCAGUCUAUGGACGGGAUGCUGAUGGUGUUUGAACAGGAAAGCUAUGCUUUUGGGAGAUUUCUCCCUGGUUGUCUUUUACCUGGCCCUCUUGCUUACAGUUCUCGUACUGAUUCCUUCAUUACUGUCUCUUCCUGUCGACAAGUGGAAAGUUACAAGUACCAGGUGCUUGCUUUUGCAACGGAUGCAGAUAAAAGACAGGAGACUGAACAACAAAAACUUGGUUCUGGAAAAAGACUUGUUGUGGAUUGGACUCUAAAUAUUGGAGAGCAAGCCCUUGAUAUAUGUAUUGUCUCUUUCAAUCAGUCAGCAUCUUCUGUUUUUGUUCUUGGUGAGAGAAACUUUUUUUGCCUUAAGGAUAACGGACAGAUUCGAUUCAUGAAGAAACUUGAUUGUAGCCCAAGUUGUUUUCUCCCAUAUUGCUCAGUUUCUGAAGGAACAAUAAAUACUUUGAUUGGAAACCAUAAUCACAUGUUACAUAUUUAUCAGGAUGUGACACUGAAGUGGGCCACUCAGCUUCCCCACAUUCCUGUAGCAGUAAGAGUGGGCUGUUUACAUGAUUUAAAGGGAGUGAUAGUCACUCUGAGUGAUGAUGGUCACUUGCAGUGUUCAUACCUGGGGACAGACCCUUCUUUUUUCCAAGCUCCAAAAGUUGAAUCUAGAGAACUACACUAUGAAGAACUUGAUAUAGAAUUGAAAGAACUUCAGAAAAUCAUCAAAGAUGUUAAUAAAUCGCAAGGUAUCUGGCCCAUGACUGAGAGAGAAGAUGACUUGAAAGUUUCUGCCAUGGUUUCUCCUAAAUUUGAUUCAGUGUCUCAAGCUGCUGAUGUUGAAGUGGGAACUGACCUUGUCCCUUCAGUCACAGUGAAGGUCACAUUGCAGAAUCGACUGGCUUUGCAAAAAGCCAAAUUAUCAGUUUAUGUGCAACCACCUUUAGUAUUGACUUGUGAUCAGUUCACCUUUGAAUUUAUGGCGCCAGAGAUGAGCAGAACAGUAGCCUUUUCUGUUUAUCUGAAAGGGAGUUAUACACCGUCUGAAUUGGAAGGAAAUGCUGUUGUUUCUUAUUCCAGCCCAUCAGGCAUUCCUCGGGUUAUCCAAUGUAAAUUUAGACUUCCCCUGAAACUAAUCUGUCUCCCAGGUCAGCCUUCAAAAACUGCAAGCCACAAACUAACUAUUGAUACCAACAAAUCUCCAGUCAGUCUUCUCAGUCUCUUUCCAGGCUUUGCCAAUCAGUCAGAAGACGAUCAGGUGAAUGUAAUGGGUUUUCGCUUCUUAGGAGGUUCCCGAGUUACUCUUCUUGCUUCUAAAACCUCUCAACGAUACCGCAUUCAGAGUGAACAGUUUGAAGAUCUUUGGCUCAUAACAAAUGAACUUAUUAUCCGCCUUCAAGAAUAUUUUGAAAAACAGGGAAUCAAAGAUUUUGCAUGUUCUUUUUCUGGAAGUAUGCCCCUUCAAGAAUAUUUUGAGUUGAUUGAUCAUCAUUUUGAGUUGCGGAUAAAUGGUGAGAAAUUAGAAGAACUGUUAUCUGAAAGAGCUGUACAAUUUCGGGCCAUUCAACGCCGACUAUUAACAAGGUUCAAAGAUAAAACACCUGCCCCCCUCCAACACCUGGACACCUUGCUAGAUGGAACUUACAAGCAGGUAAUCGCUCUCGCAGAUGCAGUAGAGGAAAACCAAGACAGUCUGUUCCAGUCAUUCACCAGGCUGAAAAGUGCCACCCAUUUGGUGAUUCUGCUGAUUGGGCUGUGGCAGAAGCUUAGUACCGACCAGGUCGCUAUUCUGGAAGCAGCAUUUCUGCCCCUGCAGCAGGACACCCAGGAAUUGGGCUGGGAAGAAACAGUGGAUGCUGCCAUUUCCCACCUCUUGAAGACUUGCCUCUCAAAGAGUUCAAAGGAGCAGGCUUUGAACCUCAGCAGCCAGCUGAACAUACCCAAAGACACAAGCCGACUAAAGAAACAUAUCACCUUGCUCUGUGAUAGAUUAGCCAAAGGUGGACGGCUCUGCUUAAGUACGGAUGCGGCAGCCCCACAGACCAUGGUCAUGCCAGGCAUUUGAGAUUGAAAGCAGAGCCAGCAUGUUUCUCCAAAAACUGAACUCAUUGCUGGGAGAUAAUCUCUCUUUUGAGGUAAAGAAUGAUUUGUACUAAUUUUUUGGAACUAACACUUAAGAAUCUCUGGCUGUGAAACUCUGAUGUAGAUAUAACCUCGAAGGAAAUAUUUGCAUAGUGUGAUGGGUGAGGCUACAUGGACAAAUGGAAGUAGCUUAAAGAUUGGUAUUGGGUGAACCAUUUAAAUCCAGAUUCUACCUAGUAAUUGUAGAUCAUUUGCACCAAUGUCAUUUCUGAAAUGAUGUUUAUAAUGCCUAAUUUACAAAGGUAUUGAAAUAUCAAAAAAGAAAAUACACAUAAAGUUACUGAACCUCAUAUCUGUCUCAAAGUAGAUGUUCAAUGAAUCCCCUUGUCCUCUGUCCCCCCUACAGUGUUUGAGGUAGUUCCAUGUCGAACUUGCCCUGCUUUCUAAGCCCUUGACUCCGAGCCUUCGUGUCUGACCCAUUACUGUAUUUGCCUAUGUGGUGUGAGGAAGCCUGGUCCUGGCAUAUAAGUUGCCUAGGAAAGUUUCAGGAAAAUAUCACUUAAAGGGAAAUAAACUAGUACCUAUUUACCAACUAAAACGUUUGUGAGCUGGCCGGAAAUUGCAUCAGGGCUAACUAAUGACUUCUUCCUUACUAAGUGUCUUGCACUCAACAAAAGGAUGUUAUUUAACAGUGUAUUUUCUUCUGUUCUUUCUCUUGAUCCCUCGUCUGUUUUGUUUUUCUCAUGAUCCAUGAAGAUAGCAGAGAUCAGUUUAGAUUCUGUAUUUAGUUCAAAGCUGCCAGGUGGUGGGUAUUCUCUUGCCACUGAAGGAGAAAGACCAUGCAUAUCAUCACUUCAGUUUUAACAGCCUGUCUUCAGGGCACACUUGCAGACUUGCAUAGCAGUCAGUAUCCAAGAAGGGUCAAAAGCACAGCCCAGAUCAAUACAAAACAUUAAAGCUAUCAGCUCUCCACAUGAGGUAUCUGUUGUAAGUAUGACAGUACAACGUAGCUAUAAAUAAAUCAGAACACUUCCUAGACAGCAGCUACAGAGUAUUUGUUUAUACAGGUACAACGUGGGAAGUGGAAGGGACUGUGUCCCAGGAUCUGAUUUGGAUCACUUAUUUAUUGCUUGAAGAAAAGCACGGGGAGUGUGGUCUGCAGAUAACAUCUGGACCAGUUUUAUCUCCAAAUGUCUAUUUAGGUUGUUUCCUUUAGACAUAGAUUCUGUUGAUUUCUGCCUUAUGGGUCACAGACUCCACUUUAUGCUUCAAACAUUCACAUAUAUAUGGACACAAUUUUGAUAAACACUGAUGAGAAAGGUUUGUUCUCAUGAUUGUUAAGAUGAUGUCAUAAUGUUAGGUUUGUGAUCAAGAAAUGCUAACAGAUAAGUGAUUUUUAAAAAAAAACACAUUUGUAAUUUUGAAAGAUCUCACGUUGUGUAUAUGUGUGUGUGUCUAUUAUGCAUCUAUAAUCUAUAAUAUCUAUAACAUAUGCAUCUGUAAUAUAUAUUACAUUAUAUAUAUGGAAGAGAGUAAAUUUUGAGAGUAACCUUAGCCUUAAAGUUCCCAUUAAAUGAAGAGACCAAACAUUUCUAAUAAAGGCUUUCUGACCUAAAAAUGAAAGAGGAGUUGCUCUGUUGAUUUGUUUGUUUGUUUCAAAGUAGUAUCUUUGAUUUGGAAGGUAGAGAAAAUAAUUAGUGUUCUCCAAAUUUAAACACUUGUUUGCUAUUUUUACAGCCCUGGUUACUAUCAGAGUGCUGUCUUUUUCUUUUUUAACAAGGUGAAUUAGUGAGUCAUUACUGUAUGUAUACAGUACAUUUUUGCCAGAAAGUUAUAAAAUACAUAUGUUAUUAAUAUAAAGACAAAACUUUCAAAUGAAAGAUUCUAAAUUGGCUUAAAAUUUCAUUGAAGAAGAAUGUACAUUGACAAAUUAGAGACACGUUUUCCUAAAGAAAAUUAUAAGAACAAAUAUUAGAUCCUUUAUGUUAAGAGUGUAAACAGCUGCAAUUCAAGAAUAUAAUAACAUAACCAUACGAGGAACUAAAUUUCCCCAGGUCGUGUGUUCCUUCCAGGUGGUGGUGGUUCAGUGGGAUAGUGAGGCCUAUACAGGGAAAAAGAAACAGUAAUGGUACUCAGGUUCUUUCCCCCUUCACAAUGGAAGCCUGAUAUCAUGUCUAAGUAGAUUUAAUUAGAUGUGUGUUGCUUAUGGGAUCCUUACGUCAGAUCCACUCAGUUCUCUAUUAAGUACUUAGGGUUCGCCUUCCUGAGACCUUAUCUUUGUGCUUUUCUUUCCGUCUGAUGAUACAGAGCUCUUUAUUUACUCUUAAAAUAUACCAAUUCAUUCUUUUCCCCAGCAGCAUUCAAGCCCAGCAGAGUCUCUCCCUUCUUCUGUUUUGAGUAUGUACAUUUAAUAUUACACAUAUUUCGUUGAAUCCCAGGACUCUUGAGAGAUGUCGACAUUUCUUUCUUCUUCUUUCAAAGUCAGACCUUUCAGAAACCAUCUCCUUGUUAACUUCGUGGACCUUGAACAGAAUUUGGUGCCACUGGCCGCCAUCCCUUCCUCUUUAAAGGAAUCUUCUCCUGAUUUUGUGAUCUUACUCACUCCUGGUUGUCUCAUCUCGUUGGCUGCUCCUUCUCAGCCCCCUCUGUGGGCCUCUCUUCUUCUUCUAGUCUGAAAAGUUGAUACUCCUUCAAGCUCUGUCCUUGGCUCUCUUCUCUCAUACUGGCUGAUUUUAAUUUCUGUCAUUAGUUUCUUUCUGUAUGCUGAUGACUUCCAGAUUUGUAUCCUUACUGCAUGUCUCCCAAGCUCUAGCUCCAUAUAUCCAGCCACUUGUUGGCCAUCUUCACUUGAAUGUGACAUGUGCAUCUUAAGCUCACAUUUUCAGAAACUGAAGCUAUAAUCUUCUGCAUCCCACCCUACCCCAAGCCGUCUUCUCUCUGUACUUCAUUUUUCAGAUUAGUACUGCCACCUGUUUAGUUGCUUCAGCUAGUCACAUUAAUGCAUCACAUCUCUUGUCGCAAACCUUUCCUCUGUAUCCACACUGCCUCCAACGUUUCCGGGCUACUACUCUUGCUACAUUUGCUUUGUUGCAGCAGCCUCUUUUUUCCGCUUGUCUUUCUUCUUCAAUACAUUCUCUAUAUUUCAGAACAUGUAGGAAGAACCCCUUUGGCUUAAAUCUUCACUUCAGCAGCUCCCAUUGUUUCUAAGAUUAAGUCCAACUUCCUCACUAUGGUAGCAGACCCUGCAUCAUCUCGUGAUCUCAUCAUUGCCUUCUUUUCUAGCUCUUCCUCCUACUCCAUGGCACAAGCAAGCUGAAUUUUCUCCUUACUGUAAACAUUUGCAUAUGAUUCCUUCUUUGGAGUGCCUGCCUCUUCCUGCCUUCCCACUUUUGUCUAGCCAAUUCCUAAUUGACUUUCAUAUCUCCACUUACACGAUAUCUCCUCCGGAAGCUCUUGCUGACAUCACCUCUUCCUUCCUCCCACUCACCAAAUCAAGGUGUUGUGUUUCUCCUUUGUAGGCCUAUAGCUUGCUCUAUCACAGCACUCAGCUCUGUGUAUUUGAAUUCCUUUUUGUUCUCAACAUUCACUUCUAAACUAUAGGUUCCUUAAGGUUAAAGAUGUUGAAACUUGCUAGUGGCUCCUGGAAUAUAGUGAUGUUUGAAAAGUAUUUCUUGAAUCAAGUGUAUAAAUUACUGUGACUGCUCCUUACUGCUUCCAUGGCAGUUUUGCCAGUGUCAUCAUUUAUCAUAUCUGCCCUCAGUUUCAGAAUCUAUCUCCUAAUUUCAUAUGAGAGCUUAAUUUCAAAAUAUGUUGAACAGUAUUGCACGGGUAAGUAAAAAAGUAAAAUACAGUAUUGUAUUACAGUUACCUUUCCUCCAGGUAAGAAGGAAGGAAUAUUAGAAAGUAUAUGUGUGUGUGCUCAUAUGUGUGUGUGUGCUCAUUUGUGCAAAAGAAAACAGGAAGGAUAAAUAUAAAACUAAAAAGAUUGGUUACCUAUGGGGAGUCAGUGGUAAAGGGGGAAGUAAUGGUAAAUGGGAAAGAAGGGGGGACAUGGGAACAGGAUAGCAGGGAUGAGGAGGGAAUAAUUAUAAGAACCCAUUUUUAUAUUAUUUGAUUACCAGACCAUCAUAAUCUUCUGAAUACUCCUCUGAAAACUGAUAAAUAAAACCAGGAUGUGGGGGAAUACAAAAUGUAACAGAUAAGCGUAACUCUAUUGUGAAUUAAUAACGUAGCCACACUGAAGAGAGUGGGAAAGAAAAGCAUCAACUUGAGUAAUUUUAGAAAACAGUAUUUUGACUAGAAAUUGUGAGGCUAGGGACAAAAAAGUGUACAUAAUUAUGUCCACUACUCAAAUUAGAGAAUUUGUUUCUCAGAGAGGUAUAGGUAUCAAUUCGGAAACUGCUCUACUGAAAUUGAACAAAGAAGUUAAAUUAUGGGAGGGAGAACACUGUAAUUGGACUGAAAUCACAAGUAGUAGUAAGAACCCAUGGUUUUAUCCAUAUAUAGAUGUAUAUACAGGUACACAUAUACAAAAAUAAAAUUGUGUGUGUGUGUGUGAAUGUGCGCGCACCUGCACAUGGUUAGUACACAUCAUGUUUCCAUGCUCUGUUUAUUGAGAGGGCCUAGAACUGAAGACACACAAGCAGAGGUGAGCAUUCCUGGUGCACAGGUUUUGGUUUCUAAUUACUGUCUCUAAUAAAAAGAACAAGUUUAAUUAUAUAGGUAAUACAUGCUUUUCUUUAAAAGUAGCUCUAUAUCCUGCCUUUCUUACUUUAUCAAAAGUAUCAUCCUGUGUCUAAAAGAGCAUUUCUCAAGAUUCAAAGUACAUGUAUAUGCAAGAGAUUUUUACAUUAAAAAUAAACAGUAAAAGCCCUUUCUACAAGACAAGACAUAUAUAAAUUUUUAUAACUUGAACAAUCUAAAAAGGAACCCAAGCUCCUUGGAGAAGUAGAUUCUAGACCAAAGGUGGGAAACAUGAGAUGAGCCUGGAGCAUCUAUUGUGCCAGAAAGCCUGAAAGCAUAUUCAAACGACAGAGAACCCAUCUUGAAGGAGCUCCCAACAUCCAAAGCUGGAAGAAUUUUGAGCAACAAAAUAAAUAGUGAUAGUAUUGGAUUAUAACCCAUAGAAUUAAAUAAAUAUCCACGAAUCCAUAUUGACCUAAGUAGAUAAUUGCAUAAAUGGGUGAGAAGGGACAGAUCUUCCUUUCAGUCAAAAUCCACUUAACAGAUGUAGAUGGAAUGAGGGAUAUGCUCAAUCACCAUUAGGCAAACACCACAAUAAUAAAUUGGUAUAGGUGAACUCCAUCACUGGUUGCCAACACUGGUGGGAGAAAGUUUGAGAGACAGGAUAUCUGCAUAGUCUUAAGGUAUCCCCCAAUAUAUUUACUAAUUAUAAAGGGGAAAAUGUGACUUAAUAGCAGAGAAGACUGGUAGACACACCUUAACCAAAUGAUCAUUGAUAACAUCAUUUGUAAUAAACAUAUUAAUGUCACAUAUCCCUGAUAUGAGGUGCUGAGAAGUACACAAAUAUCACUUCUGUGGUAUUCUUAACAAAUGCACAUAUCCCCAUGAGGAAGUAUCAAACAAAACCUAAUUGAAAAAUGUUCCAGAAAAUAACAGAACACUUUAAAAGUGUCAAGGUCACAAAAGACUGAGGACCUCUCACAAAUCAGAGGAGAUGAAGGAGAUAUAAUGACUAAAUGCAGUGUGGAAUCCCAGAUGGUGUCCUGGAAGAAAAAAGGGCCAUUUAUGGAAAAACUGGUGAAAUUUAAAUAAAACCUGUAGGUUAACUAGUUAACAGUAUUAUAUCACUGUUAGCUUCCUGUUUUGAUAAUUGUAUUGUAGUUAUAGAUGUUAUAUAGAUGAAGAGUAUAUGGGAACUCAUAGUAUUUUUUGUAGACUUUUCUGUAAGUCUAAAAUUAUUUAAAAUAAAACUUUUGCUAAAUAAGAGCAGGGGUACUUGGGUGGCUCAGUCAUUUAAGUGUCCAACUCUUGAUUUUGGCUCAGGUCAUGAUCUCAUGGUUGGGUUCAUGAGAUCAAGCUCCACAUCCAAUUCCAUGCUGACAGCACAGAGCCUGCUUGGGACUCUCUCCCUCUCUCUGUCUCUGCCUCUCCCCUGCACAUAUGUGUGCUCUCUCUCUCUCUCAAAACAAAUAAAUAAAAAACAUAAAUAAAUAAAUAAGUAAAUAAAUAAAUAAAUAAAUAAAUAAAUAAAAAAUAAAAGCAACAAACAUGUUCCAGGAUUUCCUCUUAAAUACAAACAAAUACAAGCAGUUUGGAUAAAACUGUUAGGGUUAGCCUUGACUCAUUUGUUCUACCUUAUUUUUAAUCCCUCAUCUACCCUCUGGUAAGGGUGGUAAUGGACAGUGAAUAGUCAAGAUGCAGAUGGCCAAGGAGUAGAAAAAAAAGCAAGGUAUCAGAGCAUUAACUCCUAAAUAGCUGCAGGUUGACUACGUCAUUGUUGUUUCCAAUUUGCAUGUACAAAGCUAUUUGCACCUAGCUUGGUGAUUUUAGUUGCUGGCACCUGAUAGUAAUGAUGUUGUCCUUUGCUUUGAGGUCAUUCACUGGUAGAAUAUUAAAGCAGAAGGGGGCCUUGAACAGCUCCUUCAUGGUGUAUGUGUGGUCUUAGUGCCCAGAGGUACUUCUUGCCCAAUAUCCCAUAGCUGUUUAGCGGUGAACUAAAACGAGAGCCCAGGUCUCCAAAUACCUGAUCACAUGCUCCUCCCACCUACACCAUAUCAUCUUUUCUUUUACAAACAUCAAACCCUGGUGUGAAGUUGGAAAACUAUUUUCAAAUUGUAAUUACAAGAAAAAGCUGAAGAACUUGUUUUUGAAUUUAACCUUGAAGCUCCAGUUAGCUGCAUCUUUGCCCCUUGCUUCAUAUCAACCUUGUGUCAUUGGUGUGCAGCAAAUAAUGUAGUGCUUCCGGUGUGCCAGACACUUUUCUAAACACAUUAUAAAUAUUAAAGCAUGUACUCCUUAUAUCAUCCAGUGAAGUAGGCACAAUUUCUUUAAAAAAAUUUUUUUUAAUGUUUAUUUGUUUUUGAUACAGAGAGAGACAUAGCAUGAAUGGGAGAGUGUCAGAGAGAGAGGGAGACACAGAAUCUGAAGCAGGCUCCAGGCUCUGAGCUUUCAGCACAGAGUCUGACGCGGGGCUCGAACUCACAGACUGCGAGAUCAUGACCUGAGCUGAAGUCGGAAGCUCAACCGACUGAGCCACCCAGGCACCCCUAAAGUAGGCACAGUUUCAUAUGAAGAAAACAAAGCCCAGAGAAGUGAAGGAAUUCAUUCAAGGCCACAUAGUUCUUUAAAGUCUGGUCUAUUAAUUGUACGAACAGGUCCUGGCAGCAUAGGCAGGAAGAUAUUUGCCUAUAUCUUUUUUCUUUUUCUGAGUCUUUAGUGACAGAGGCCAAGAUCCUUGGAAUCGCACAGGUAAUCCUAGUAGUUUCUGGUGUAGGGAAGAAUAUGUAGAUCUAUUGUACUGGGAGUCAUGGGGAAUAUAUAUAGUUUUAGGAGAGGUUAUGUUUUGGAGGGGGUAGAAAGACUGUUUAAGAAGAAAAUGUGAAAAGACAUUUUUAAGCUGUUUUUUCUUUUCUUUUGGCCGUUGAUUAUCAUUUUUAAAUUUAAAGUAUGCAGCCUUUGAACUCCAUUUCUUGAAGUUACAGCUUGGGUUUGUUUCCUACUCGUAAUUAAGAGAAGUGAUCUUUCUAUUCAAAAGCGGGGUGCUUAUCUGUCCUCUGUUGUAUAACCUUAUCUGACUUGACCAGGGCUGGCAAGAGGUUGAUUAGCCACUCUUAACUCCAGGACUCCAGGCUGGUAAAUAUUUGUCUUUAAAAAACUGAAAUUAUUUUAAAAAUAGGUGUUCCAGCCUCUCUCGAGAAGAGGAGGACAGAGAAGAAUUGAUGCUACGUGCUCUCUGUUAGCUCAGUAUUCCUUUCAACUUUUUAGAAGGUGAAUAAGAGUGGUGCUCUCCUGGAUUCAAGCACUAUGAAACAGUUCCUCAGUGUUUUGAAAGCCUUACAAAAAUGUCCCCAUUUCUGAGAAGGCUUAAAGCUUGACUCUGACAUAUCUUUGCUCUGUCACUUUAUUUUUAGUUAUCAUUAUUUGUAAUAACUUUGUAUUAUUAUAGUGCUUUCACAUAAAUUAUCAGUUUGAGUUCCACAUCACCCCUAAAAUAAGGAGGGAAGUUUUACCACCUAUGAAUGGAGAAAACAAAGGCUUAGAGAUGUCUAGCAGCUUGCUCAACAUCGCACUGAUACUCGUUCUACCCUAUUAUGCAGGACAUCUCCUUAGGGGGAUUUCUUCUGGAGCCCAGAAAUAACAACAAUUGUUCAGCUUUGGUCUGGUACAGAGCAAUACAGUGUCAGGGAUGGCCUCUUUUUUUCCACGGGUAGUCAGUCUUGUGCUUGUGCUGACUCUUUGAGACCAGUUUUGCACUUCUCUGCACGUUUCUCUUCUUUUGGUAGAGAACUCUGCUAAAAAAAAUUGAAGCCUGGUUUUGGCAAGUUCUGGAAGACAAGCCAGAAAUCACAUAGGAAGUAGAACGUGUUACCACUUAACCUUGCAGACUCUCUUAUGCCACAGCCUACAACAAAAUAUUAACAGGGUAUCAGGUAGGAAUUUCUGUUUUUAUGUUGCAUGCCUUUUAGGAAGGAUUCAUCACAGCCAUGUUCUGAGAUUCAUGAGCUGUUAAAAUCUAUCCCAUAUCAGUGUAUAAGCUUUCAUAUUUCCUACAUCUGGGACAAAGGGAAAUGGUGUAGUCUUCCAUCUGGAUUCAGAAUAUACUUAGCAAAGAAAAAACAUAUGCAAAAAGUAGGAUGAAGCAUUGGAGCAAAGUCUGAAGGAAGUAUGCAUGAAACAUACCAGAACAUGAAAAUCCUUAGUGUUCAAAGGAGACAGUUCAGCCUAUCUUCAGGCUGCCACCUUUUGUCGGCUGUGCUUUCCCACCAGUCUGCAGGGCUGUCUGUCUGUCCACAUUCAGAAGGCUAAAGCUCGCUCUUUGGCCCAAAGUCCUAACAGCUUGAAAAUCUUAGUGUUGGAUAUUUCUAUUUGAAAUCCCUAAUAAAAGUGGGAAAAUUUUGAGGGGCCAUCCUUUUCAGUGUUUAGGUUGGAACUCAUCCUGUCCUUCAGGGGCCUCCAAGGACUAACCACUUCAUCCUUUGAAACACUUCAUUAUGAGCUGAAAAGGAGCCAGAACAAAAGACCCUAUUCUAUCUGAGAUGGAACAGGAUAGUAUGUUUGUCUUGUUCCCAGUAUUGCCAGGUCUUAGGGUCACCAAGCCAUUCACAAUCUCAAGUUGGUCUUAUUUAUUUGUGUCCUGCAAGGGAAAUUUAUUUUCUGAAUUGUUAAUAGUUUGAAUAUACUUCUUACACUCUUUGGAAGACUUGUCCUGAGGUAUUGAGGUUUGUUUUCCAUCAAUUUGAGCCUCAAACUUAAAAGAGUUUCAACAGUGGCUGGGAUAUUACCUGUCAUUUUAAUGAUCAGUUGAAGAGCAGUUGAAUUAUGAGAUGACCUGGACAACAACCAGACUUCAGAAUCCAUUUCAAUAGAGUGUUAGUGAGUUGCCCAGAACUCUUGAUGGUGGUAAAAUAAAAUAAAAUAAAAUGUCAGCCAAGCUUUUCAAGACAGAUUAGAGCAUUACCCAAUUCUCUCAACCUCCUCACUCUAUUCUAAGGCAAAUGUUUGUUUAAAAAUUUUAAACUAAGCAGUUUAUGUUCAACUGGAUUAAUUUCAUUCAUUUGGGACAGAACAAUAACCAAAAAGAUGUAGUCUAUAGUGUUUGUUCUGUUGCUGGUAUAUUCCUAAUGAAGAACAUUCUUUUGUGUGACCAGCCCUCAAAAUGGGAACAGCAUAAAUGCAGCAAAAAGUUUUAUUUAAUUGUCAUCUGGUUUUAACUAAUUCAUUUAUGAUAAUAAAAAUAAUAGUUGCUAACAUUGGUGACCAUUUUUGUAUGCCUGGCCUAUCCUUAUGUAGUCGUCUCAUUUGAUCUUUUCAAAAAUCCAUGAGAUAGGUUCUGUGGUUCCCCCACUGUAUAGAUGCCAAAACAGAGGCUUCCAUUGUUUAGAUGCCAUACCAAAGACCUACAGCUGUGGAGCUCAAGCUGAAGGCCUGCAAGUUUAACUCCAAAGCUGUGCUCUUAUUAGUACAUAAAUGGUUUUCUGUUUUGAAGCUCAAUUCAUCCAGGCGGUGUGGUCAAUUGAUGAUAGGUUUACCAGAUGAUCCCUUGGGAACAGAAAGUUAAUCAUGGGACAUUGCCUAGCAGAGAGAGUGGAAGAAAUUGACAAUUUUAAAAUGUGUAUAUUUGGCAUCCACAAAAUACAGUGGUGGGCACUUUAGAAGUAAGUUCAUGGAAGUUAGGUAGAAAUGAAGUUACAUAGUAAUCAAGAAGUAAGAUUGCUUAUUUGGGUGCAGAAUGAUUGCUAUUCAUUAUGUUCCCAGAUGAGACUUUGUUUUUCUUUCUUAAGUGAUGGAUACCCAUAUGCUGCUCAUAAGAGAUCGGAGAAGACAUCAAAGAAUCCAACAAAAGACUGAACAAGAGAGUGUCCUGGGAGGUUGUUAAAGGAUAACUUCACCAGGGGAAUAUUUUUUAAAGAUAAAACUGGCAGAUGGGGAUUAUUCAUUUGUCUCUCCUAGAGAUAGCUGAAAGGGAUAUAACAAAUUAUUCAAGUCCAAAUAUAUAUAUGGAGAGAGAGAGGGGGG